CCUCCCAUAAUUCUAUAAACGAAAGUGAAAUACAAAUAGUUUCCCUUAAAUCUUUAUAUUGGACAGUGCCCUACAAUUUGACUCUUUGCGGAUUUAUGCAUACCAUGGUGCUAGAUUUUAAAUAAAAUGUCUACCGAAAAUUGCUUAGUAAAAGCAAUAUAUUCAUUUAAAGGCAAAAACAAUGACGAGCUUUGCUUCAAAAAAGGUGAUAUUAUCACUGUUAGUCAAAAAGAAGAAGGUGGGUGGUGGGAGGGAACCUUAGGUGAGACCACAGGGUGGUUUCCGAGCAAUUAUGUUACUGAGUUCAAAGAUCCCUCAGGGUCAUUGACCACUUCUCCAAUAAGAGCAGUAUCAGAGAUCCAAGAAUUCCGGAAUGUGGUCCUCAAAGACAUCAUUGACUCGGAAAAGGCCCAUGUGGCCGAGAUGCAGGGCCUGGUCAGCAACUUCUUGCAGCCUUUGGAGAAAAGUGACAUGCUUACAAGGGAUGAAUUUAAACAGUUAACUGGCAACAUAAAUCAAGUACUACAAGUUCAUGAACAAUUUUUGGGUUUAUUGGAAGAAUGUGCAGCUAAAAGUGGCGCUGACCAGAGAGUGGGAGGUCUGUUCCUGCAAUGGGCCCCUAACAUUAAAGCUGUACAUCAGACAUACUGUGCGGGGCAUCCCAAAGCUGUCUGUAUUCUUGAUAAAUACAAGGAAGAAUUAAAUACAUGGAUGGAAAAUGCUGGUGCCGUAUGUCCUGGAGUGUUGGUGCUCACAGCAGGACUAUCAAAGCCAUUCCGUCGGCUCGGCAAGUACCCUGCCAUGCUGCAAGAAUUAGCCAGACAUGUGCACGAGGCUCACCCAGACAGAGGCGAUACUUACAGGGCAUCUGUGGUGUUUAAGGACAUUGCUAGCGGUUGCGCGGCGCUAAGACGUCAAAAGGAGUUGGAACUUCAGGUUGUGACUGGUGAAGUCCGAGGUUGGCCAGGUGGCGAUAUCACAGCUCUUGGGGACGUCUUACAUAUGGGAAGUGUGGCUGUAGGUCCUUCACACCAAGACCGCUAUUUCGUACUUUUCCCGACAGCGUUGUUACUUCUCUCAGUCAGCAAGAGAGUUUCCGCCUUUGUAUACGAGGGUUGCCUUCCAUUGACUGGGAUAAUAGUUUGCAAAUUAGAAGACACUGAUACGAGAAAAAAUGCAUUUGAAAUUAGUGGACCAAUGAUAGAUACGAUUGUAGCAGUAUGCCAAACAAGAGCCGAAGCUGACAAUUGGGUUAGUUUGCUACAGAAGCACUCCAACCCCAGCAGCCCAGUUCAUGAGUCUGGACAGCCGCAGUCUCUGCCCCAUCUGACCCGCUCUCCUUCCGAAGGGGCAUUGUCUAGUAUCAACUCUAGCCGCCGCAGCCUUUAUCACGUCACUCUACCACCAUCUAGUUACCCCUCUGCAUCACCAUACUAUUCCCUUACCAAAUACUUUGCGAGACUUGUUAAGAAGAAAGUUAUAACGAGACAAAUGUUACGCAAACUUCUUCAUGAAAGGACGUGGGCUAAAGCAUUUGAAUUAACGGGAUUGCCGGUAAUGCGGAGACAUAAGAAUCGGAUUAGAUUUAGGGUAGAGGAGGAUGGCACUCUUGGUACCGAAACAGAUUACUCGGACAGUGACAGUGAACAUGAAACUGACACUACUGAAUCUUACGCCACUUCGAGUUGCACAGACGCUGACGUGCCGCCCGGUUUUAAUAAUUUAAUGAGACAAAAUGCGUUGGACUCUGCUAGUCCUAGAACGCUUUCCGCUUCCUGCAGCAGCUGGGGUAGUAACUACGGCUAUGUACGUUACUACGAUAACGCUGCUGAUUGUAAUUUGAACCUAUCGCAACCACCUGUCAAAGGUGAUUGUACGAAAAACCUAUUCCAAUCAGUUUCUUCUAGUAGUGACAUACAUGGUGCACUGAAUGUGAAUAACGACUCGCCGACGCGAGAAUUAGAUACGCUGCGCCCACCCAUGCAACAUUCCGAAAGCACCGAGAAUUCCAGCUUUGAGGCGAGGCCUUACAUGGCUUGUGAAGAUUUAGUUAACAUGGAUCAAAACACUCAAAUUAUUACAUUAGGUACUGAUGAUACAGAUUUUAUACCUAUCAGACGCAGCUUCCCAAAUUGCAGUGUGAAAAGUGAAUCAGGACAGAAACUAUGGAAAUCAACCGAAGAAAACGUUUCUCGUGAGGAAGUCGUGAGCAAUAGCUCGUCCAUAUCUGAUAUGUUACAACAGUUAGACCCACCACCAUCACCUAAACAGUGCCGCGAAUAUAAUCCUACGGAGUCACUUAUACUUGAUCCGCCUUUAAUGUUUCGUAAUGAACAGGAGGACAUGAAAGUUAUAAACGUUAAUUUGAACACUAACAUACCUUUCCGCAAGCACUCGCUUAACUCUGAUAAACGAAUUAGGCGUUCAAUGUCAAGAUCUAUGGUAGAAUCGGAAAAUUUCAACAAAAAUGACGAAACUCGCCUUCAAAGAAUGAGUUCGCAAUCUGAAAAAACUCGUAAAAAAUGCGAGUGCUGCAAUAAAUCCGUGUGUACUAGCCCUCGGUCGUCGGAUUCAGGAGUUGCUGGAAGCUGUAACUUGGCAUCUCCAGAACUUCCAUUACACACUGAUAAUGGACAUGACAAAAAUUCGGACAACUUGAAAGAUUCUAUUACGAAUUUGUCUCAAGACGAUACUUUUGAUUUAGAACGUCGUAAAAAGUUGACACUAUCUGAAAUAGAGGCGGCCAAUUUUGAGGAUCAAUGCAGAUGCACUUCGCCUUUUGGGUCUACCGCCAGAACAUCGUGCGUCACCAGCGUAACCUCGGAAAAUAGUCUUGAUGUCAUGGAAUCAUUAAACACACAUGUGACGUCCACUUUCACUGCUAACCCGCCUCUACUAUCUCCACAAAUUAAGCGCAGUUCUAUACGUCGAAAUAUCGAACGAUACGUUCCUGAAAUUAAACUGAAACCUGAUCCACCUCCGCGGGCUUCUAGACAGCCUAGUACUCAUUUAGAAAUCCCCAGAAACGUUCGCCAGCCGCAACCAAAUCAGUGGAGUACUCUAAAUAUAACUGAGCGCACAAAGCCCAGUUUGCAUUACCAUAUGCGCAUAUAUCGGGAAAAUCCCGACGAUAAGAGCACGGGCAGGCAAUCCCGUAAGAAUAUACCACGCAACUGCGAUGUCUUUGACAAAGAUAAUAAACAAAAAGUGGAUAAAUAUUGUACAAACUCGCGUAAAAUAAGGUCUCGGAGCGAGGACUUAUCGAAAUUGCAGAAAGGGUUGACAGAGGCUCAGUCGGGCUUCAUGGUGUACCGCUCAGACUUGUAUGCGCACUGGUGGAUGAAAGCAAAAUUACCCAUAACCGUGGUCACCGAUUCAGAUGGCCAUGAGCGACAGCAAUAAUUCAGAUUUAUCGUCCGGUCUAACCAGCCACAAAAGAUCGCACUCCUUCAACAACCAUCAAAGUUAUACCCAACAUACGCAACAAGCUCAGAAAAACAAACAAAAAAACCACUCAGCGCGGUGGCUAUUAAAUUC